AUGGAUGCCAUUAUGAAAGGGUUAGGAUACUCAGUUCCUCCAGUUAUCUACUAUCAUUUUCAAGUGCCUAAGGGAGACAUGUAUUUGGGAUUACGGGCCCUAAGAAAUGAUGAUGAUGUUGCCAAUCUUGCCAAAUAUGUGAAGGAUCAUAAACUGAUAAGGGUUUACACUAAACAUGUUCACGACAUGGAUGCCAUUAUGAAAGGGUUAGGAUACUCAGUUCCUCCAGUUAUCUACUAUCAUUUUCGAGUGCCUAAGGGAGACAUGUAUUUGGGAUUACGGGCCCUAAGAAAUGAUGAUGAUGUUGCCAAUCUUGCCAAAUAUGUGAAGGAUCAUAAACUGAUAAGGGUUUUGCACUAA